AUGAUUCAAAACUCAGCUGGUUAUCGAUCACUUAAUACCACGGCUCCGAUGACCAUGCAUAUAAAAAACCAGAAGAAAAUCUGUGCUCAUUGUAACAAGCAAGUUGUACAAGAUAGCCAACGAACGAAGACGACGUUGAAGGCGCUGGGUAAAUACUACCACGAAAACUGCUUUACAUGUCAAGACUGUAGAAAGCCUUUGAAACCCAAGUACUUUCCAUACCAAGUGAGCAAGACGAGUGAACCUAUCUUGCUAUGUCAAUACGAUUAUUUUAGAAGGCAUAAUUUGUUAUGCCACGUAUGUGAUACACCAUUACGUGGUUUAUAUUAUACUGCAUUCGGUUACAGAUAUGAUGAAGAGCAUUUCUCCUGUACAAUCUGUGCUACCCCCUGUGGUGUAAAAAAAUGUUUCAUGUACGAGGACCAAUUGUAUUGUAAGUACCAUUUUUUAAAGUAUUUCUCCAAACGUUGUAAAGGCUGUGAAUUUCCAAUAUCAGAUCAAUAUAUCGAGUUUCCCAAAGGUGAAGAAAUACAUUGUUGGCACCCAGAAUGUUAUGGGAUUCAUAAGUACUGGCAUGUAAAUCUGGCUGCUGACACCGUUGGUUUACAGUAUCUUCCCAAGCUAGAGUAUAGCCCCAAUGCGAAGGACAAUGAUUUAAAUCCAACGGCUUACGAGUUAGAUAAACAAAUGCAGGCAUUUAACUUUAUUCUAUCUAAAACAUGGUCGGUUUUAUACCGUUUUGAGGAAGAAGCAGCUUCGUGCAUUUCCGAUAUGUUUCAAUACCUAACAAGUAAUGACCAAUUGAAAGGUAUAGAAUCUACAGCCUUAUUGGUGCUGAAAAUUGAAUGUCUCUUUAAAGGGCUCGACACUCUGAACCUGUCAACCAAUAAUAACAUGUCCAUCGGCCACGAAUCAGAGUGCGUUGACAACAAUGCAAUGGCUAUCAACAAAUACAGCAAAUUUCCCAAAAACUUAUCCACAAAGAUAAUGAUAUACUUACAAUUGUUGAGAAAGUUGGGGACAGAAAGCAAGAACGAGACUAUUACAAUAUCGUCUUUCAUGUCCGUUAUUACUGGACUGGCUCAUUUUCUAAAGCUACUGACUAGAUUUGGAUUAUACACAAGCUUAGAAAACAACAAAACAAUUCGCUCGGUAAAUCCGUUGCUAAAAUUUUUGAGGGAAGUGGAAAAGAAUGAGCUUUUCGAAGAGAAUCCAUUUCAAUUCAUCAAGACGCCUGUUAACGCUACAGAUAGUUGUGCUGGUUGCAACAAAUAUAUACAAGAGGAAUGUGUUCAAUUCUAUGAGUAUAGGUGGCAUAUAGCCUGUUUCGUCUGCUCCUCAUGCCAAAAGAAAAUUAAUCCGAUGAGCUUAACAGACCCCACUUUCAAUAAAGAGAAGAAAAGAAUAUUAUGUUCUCAUUGUUCGAUCGAUGAUCCUGCUUCCGUACCGGGCUUCAGAUUCGUCACUAAGCUGGCGCAGCUAAUUUUUCUCUUAAAAAUUGCCCUAGUUAAAUCAAGAACUGUUAUGUUGAAAUCGAGAGCCUCUAAUAAAGCCGGCAGUACUCCCUUACAGAGUACUAUGCUGAACGAACAAACCUACAUUAGAACAUUGAAUGACAUUAAACGAUUAAGAUCAAGAAGAGAGAGCGUCCGAGUUACUCAUAACAAACAACAAGCCAGAAAAUCAGUCAUAUUGGAAACUACAGAAACAGACUUAAAUGAUCCAACGAAACAAGGAGAUAACAAGAAUCUAGUGAUUCAAACAGAUGAUCUGUCUGUUAAUCAGCAAGUUAGUACGCGUGAAAAUGUUUUUAGUAAUACGAAAACGUUAACGUUAGACGAUAUUUCUCGUAUUGUAGCCGCUGAACAGGCAAGAGAGUUAAGGCCAAACGCAUUUACGCACUUUAAAAAAUUAAAGGAAACUGAUGACGAAGCUUCCAAUAUCGCUCCCAAAAAAAGUGGAGUCUAUUAUUCAGAACUGAAUACAACGGAGUUAUCGAUAAUCAAGGCCAUCAGUUUAUCAUUGUUAACUAGCAAACACUUGAUAUCCAAAAUGGACCCCAAUUUUAAUAAUUUGGAAUCUAUGAUUUUUUCAAACGAAAAGCAAAUAUUGGCAGGUAGCUUCUGGAACAAAAUGAGAGUUAUGAUGAGCAUGGAACCCAAAAAAACCAUACCUAAAACUGUCUUUGGUACCCCGUUGGACAUACUAUGUGAAAAAUGGGGUGUCGAUUCUGAUUUAGGUGUAGGUCCCGUUAAAAUCAGAAUCCCUAUAAUAAUUGACGAGCUGAUAUCAUCUUUGAGGCAAAUGGAUAUGUCAGUGGAGGGUAUUUUUAGGAAAAAUGGGAAUAUAAGAAGACUAAGGGAACUAACCGCUACCAUUGACAGCAACCCAACUGAAGCACCUGAUUUUUCAAAAGAAAAUGCGAUUCAAUUAUCAGCUCUGUUAAAAAAAUUUAUAAGAGAACUGCCCGAUCCCAUUUUGUCAACUGAUUUAUAUGACAUGUGGAUCAAAGCUUCCAAAGUCGACUCAGAGGAUGAGAAACAGCGCAUUAUACUGUUGAUAUAUUCCUUGUUGCCUUCAUACAACCGCAACUUACUUGAAGCACUGUUAUCAUUUUUGCAUUGGACAUCUUCUUUCUCCUACAUUGAGAAUGAAAUGGGAUCAAAGAUGGACAUCCAUAAUUUGUCCACAGUGAUAACACCUAACAUCUUAUACUUACCCCAUAAGGAAGCCUCGAAUGACAAUGCUUCAGAAGAACCAGAAUCUGGAUUAGUUGACUCAUUCGCCCAAAACAAAGGGGAAAAUUAUUUCUUGGCUAUUGAGAUUGUUGAUUACUUGAUCACCCAUAAUGAAGAAAUGGCAAUGGUUCCGAAAUUUCUGAUGAAUCUCUUAAGAGAGGUGCAGUCGCAGAAGUUAGAUAACUAUGAGUCGAUUAACAAUCAUAUUUCUCACAUAUUGGAAAAAAAAACAAUCGACUAUUCAGAAUUUGAUGUAAAGAGUCCUGUCACCGUCAAAGAUUCCACUACUAUGGUCGUGCAAAGUGAAAUAAACAAAACAGAAAAUGAUACGUAG